GUGUCCGAAGAAAUAACAUUUGAUGAAAUUUACUGCAACUUUUCUCACUUAAAUUCAGCAAACAUAUUUAAUGAUUCUUUCUGCAAUGCUACGUGGGAUGGACUGUCCUGCUGGCCAGUAACUGUCGCUGGAAGCACAGCCACUAUCUCCUGCUUCCCGGAGUUCAACGGUGUCAAGUAUGAUGUAAGUGGUAAUGCCAGCAGAGAGUGUUUGAGUAAUGCUACCUGGUCGAGCUGGUCGAAUUAUCGCUCCUGUAAGCCAUUAAAGAUACCUGAAGAUGAAUAUCUGCAGGUUUUAUGGGAUAUGCGUGGAGCUGUCACAGUGUACUACGUAGGUUACGGGCUUUCUCUGAUAGCUCUAACACUAGCAUUGUGGAUUUUCAUCUAUUUCAAGGAUCUGAGAUGUUUGAGAAAUACCAUACACGCCAAUCUCAUGUUCACAUACCUGCUCUUGGAUAUCACGUGGAUACUAACAGCUAAACUACAGACCAGCCAAAACUAUGUUUCCAGUAGAAUUGCUUGCUUCUUGACCUUAUUCUUAACCUAUUUAAUGGGGACCAACUUCUUCUGGAUGUUCGUGGAAGGCCUUUACCUUUUCAUCCUUGUCGUCAAAACCUUUACAGUGGACAACAUCAAACUCUAUGUGUAUACCACCAUCGGAUGGGUGAUCCCUGCCGUCAUUGCUGCCACAUGGGCUGGAGUAAAGGGGCAUUUUGGUAGCACAAUCCAGGACGUUUUGGAACCCGAAGGAUGUCCAUGGCAAAAGAGAGAUUACUAUGACUACAUAUUUAUUUGUCCAGUCAUCUUAGUGCUCAUGGUAAACAUUAUUUUCUUAACGAAGAUCAUGUGGGUGUUGAUAACAAAGCUAAGAGCUACCAAUACUGUUGAAUCCGAACAAUACAGGAAAGCAGCCAAAGCCUUACUCGUUCUCAUACCACUUCUGGGGGUGACGUAUAUUUUAGUCAUCGCAACGCCAAGUCACAGAACAGGAGAAGUUGUUUUCACAUUCAUACAAGCUACUCUUCUGUCAAUACAGGGUUUUAUCGUAGCUGUCUUGUAUUGCUUUUUAAAUGGAGAGGUCCAGAAUUCGGUUCGAAGCCGCUUAGAACGAUGGAAAAUCCGCAGAGGCAUCAACAGCCGUCAAAGCCAAUCUUUCAGCUUCAGAUGCUCACCCCAAGAAAACUUCUACCGGAAUGUCCCUCGGGGCAGCUGCAUCAGUUUCGCCACCUCCAUGUCUUUUGUCAACCGAUCUCCCUCCGUACCUGCCAUCAACAAUUACUUGCCCCCUCCGGAUUCCCUCCCGAUGAAAGAUGACGUAGUUUAGAAGAUUCCGAGUGUACGUGAUGAUCCUCUUGUUUGAUGUUGGAACCACUUGUUAUUGAUCAUUGUAGAACCAUUGUUAAACAUCAUUUGUGCAUGUGUUUUGUUAGAACUUUAUGGGUUUUGAGAUUCUUUUCAUUGGAAGUCAAACAUGGCUGCCCACAGAAUGUGGA